GUUCUAAUUUGAAGUUGAAAAGCAAAGCCCUAAAAUUUCUGUCUUUGUUCCUAUUUUUUGGUGGCUUAUAGCCUUUUCGAUCUUUCGCUGAAAGGGCAGAGGAAAUCAAUCAUGAGAGGAACAAAACGUCUCGCCACAUCGUCGUCGGAGUUGGCGCCGGAGUCCAAUGACACGGGUAUGCGAACUAAAAGGGCAAUGGGAUCCUUUUCUGAUGUUCACAAGGCAGUAACAUCGCAGAAACAGUUCAAAACUGCAACGCCAUCUCUGGAUGUGCAGCGAGCUGAGUUGUCUCGACAGCAUGUGAGAGCUCUCAAUUCCCAAUACGCCAGCUGGGUGCAAAAACAACUUAAGAAUCACCCUGAUGAACUUUGGGAAGAUGGAGUUCAUGACUAUCUUACUCAUGCAUCCAGUAUCAUGCAAAAGUUCAGUGAUGUAGUGAACUGGUUAAAAGCAAAUGGAGCCAAGGGAGGACCUGGUGCCGAAUCUUCUGCCCGUGACAAAAAACCAUCACCUGAUACUAAUAAGAUAAAUGAGAAUAAUUUAUCUAAUGAGAGACCACCUGCUUUUGCUUCAACAAGUACGAGCUUUACUACAGCUGCAUUGCCUCCUGCCAUAUUCUCCUACAAUCAAAGCUCGGGAGCAGUGUCUAGUAGUAAAAACUCCAGCCUGCUUCUGUCAAAUAGCCAAAGCUCUGGAAUGUUCUCCGGUAGCCAAAGCCCUGCGUUACCUACAAACAGUCAAACGUCUGGAUUGUUAUCGAGCAGUCAGAGUACUGGCAUUUUCUCAAAUAGUAAGUUGGGAUCCUUGGCCAACAAUCAAAGUGCUGGUUUAUUCUCCAAAAGUCAAACCCACAGUGCCGGGUUACUAUCUAAUAGUCAAGGUGCUGGGAUGUUCUCCAAAAGUCAAACCCAAAGCUCCGGGUUACUAUUGCAUAGUCAAGGUGCUGGGUUAUUCUCAAAUAGCCAAACCCAAACUUUUGGGUCACUAUCCAAUAGCCAAGGUGGUAAUUUAUUCUCAAGUGGUUCGGGCCCUGCAUUGUUUUCAAGCAGUCAAAGUACUGGUUUCUUUUCCAGCAGUCCAAGCAGUGGAUUGUCUUGUGAGAGUCCAAGUUCUGCGGGUGGGUUUGCCAGCGUACCAGCUCCUAUCUUGUUUGGGGGUCAAAGUUCAGCUACCACUAAAGAUAAUGCCUCAGAUGAUGCAGCUGAUGGAGAUGAAUUGCCACAGCCUGGCAGUCCAUCAGUGAAGAAGGUUGAAGAAAAGGGUGUCGCCGUUGUCCAUCAAGUAAAGUGCAAACUCUAUGUCAAGUCAAUUGAUCCUGCAGAUAAAGACACAUGGAAGGACAAAGGACCAGGGCAGCUUUCUAUAAAAUGUGCCGAGGGUGUCAGCAAGGGGACGAAAGAAUCAAGCCCAACUCUUAUCAUUCGUAAUGAUCUGGGGAAGGUGCUACUAAAUGCUUUGCUUUACCCAGGAAUUAAGACGAGUUUACAGAAGAAUUCUGUGGUUGCCAUAUUUCAUGUAGCGGCGGAUGAUUCUGGUAGCAAUGAGAGCGUUGCGGCAAGAACAUUCUUAAUCCGAACAAAAACUGAGGACGAUCGGGACAAGCUAGCAACCGCUAUCCAGGAAUAUGCGCCUGAAUCGUGAGUGUAGCAGUUUGUACAUCAGCACCGUGAACUCUUCUUUGGCUAUUAAGUUUUGGCAGUUUUGCAGUGUGUGCUUGUAUAAGGCGAGAAAAGUGAAGGAGCUUCCUUACGAAUAAUUAGGGUCAGUAAUUUUUACCUUGUUUCACUGAUUCAAACACAUGUAUAAGGCGAGAAAAGUGAAGGAGCUUCCUUACGAAUAAUUAGGGUCAGUAAUUUUUACCUUGUUUCACUGAUUCAAACACAUGUAGAUUAAUUGUACAAUUAACAUGUUCCAUAUGACGAAUGAUAAGAAAGGUCUUCUUACCCUUUAGUUUCCUGGGUUGGUCACAAAACUUAUCCAAACGAUAUAAUUUAUGAUACGAUCCCUCUAACUCUGUCAGAUUUUGGAUUUGUUUGAUUUCAUAGCCAAGUGCCCAAUUUUAGGAUUUCAACAGCUUGGUAUUCAUAAAUACUGAAAGAUCUCUUUGACGUUAUCACAAAACUAAAAGAACGGAAUACAGAAAGUAACGAUCU